GCUUUUAAAAAUGGCGGCCGCUCCGCUACCGCAGGUGCCCGAGAAAUUAAAGGCAGUUGUUCCUUACGUAAAAAUAGCUGCCGAGCAUGACUCCAGAGAUCCGAUCAUCGCUUAUUGGUGCCGACUUUAUGCGCUCCAGACUGGCAUGAAGGUUGACAGGUCUUCCUCGGAAAGCAGGGGAUUCCUCAUGGCCUACAUGGAUUGGCUAGAGAAGGAAAAAGCCAAGAGGAAAGACGAAGAAGCAAUCACAAGUGACGUCGUAGCCCAGGCACACAUUGAGACCAGAGCGUUGAAACUGUUCCUUUGGGCUGAUGGCGAGGACAGAGCGGCACGCUUUAACAAGAAUGUAAUCAAGGCAUUUUACACAGCUGCAUAUCUCUUCGAUGUCCUCACAACGUUCGGAGAACUGACAGACGAGGUUUCCAACCACCGGAAGUAUGCCAGAUGGAAAGCAGCAUACAUUCACCGAUGCCUCAAGAACGGUGAAGUACCAGUUCCUGGACCUCUCAAGGGAGAAGAUGAAGGAUUCGAGGAAGACGCUGGUGCUGUUGGCGGAAAUCCGAGUCCUUCGAAUGGACCGAGUGGAGCGGUGGGAGGCAGCGAUGCCUUUCUGCCCCUUGGUCCUGGCUUCCCGCACGGCGGCGCAACUGCUUCCGGUAUGUCGCAGCCGGGCCCCAGCAACGAUCGGUCAUCUUACGGGGACCACCAGCCCAUGCCGUCGUCGCUUCCCGUUCCUACCCCGGGCUCUCAGGCGCCCCCUUCCACACCCAGCGGUCCCACACAGCCUCUGCCCUCGGUGGCUCCGAUUGAUGACAUUCGAGCUGCGAAUGGCGUGGCCUUAAACACCGAAGACUUCAUGAAAGCCCAGAAGUACUGCAAGUUUGCCGGCAGUGCCCUGCAGUACGAAGACGUUCCAACGGCCAUUGAAAACCUGCAGAAGGCACUCAGGUUGCUCACCACAGGAUCGGAGUGACCCUGAUUGCACUCGAGUUCUCCCUUCAAACUGAGGGGGACACACCCUCCUCACAAUCCUUCCUUCCAGCCCGAAGAACUAGCCUAGGGGAGUUCCUCCACCCUCUUGUCGGAAACAACUCUUCCCUCCUUGUUCCGCUAUGUCUGGUGCAAAGUCAUCUUUGUGUCUGUGUAUGUAGCCGCCAUAGAGUUUGCUUUUACAAGAGCUUGUAACUUCCAUAAAAGUGUGAACCGUUGGGCUCAUUGUUUCGAAAUCUCUAGGACCAAGAGUUACAGACUUGUGCCGAGGAAAGGGAACACUGGACUGGCAGGAAAGACGUUUCGGCUGCAACUUAGUUUAAUAGGCAUGAAGAAAUGCCUUGGAUGACUGCCUGUUCACAAGAGCCUCUUAUGAAAAUACACAUUUUUCUAGGAGACGCGCUGGUUCAUGCAGAUGCACUUCGUGCCUAUCAAGCUCGGUUGCAGAUACAUCUUCCCUCUCUGUUCAGAAACCAGACAGAGAGGACAGGUGUCUCUUUCGUCGGCGUAGUUUUUAAUUGACCGAGUUUUUCUCGCUUGAUCCUAAAAAUGGCCCUCCACCUUCACUGGGUGGGUUGCUUCUCCCCCUUUUCUUUUCUCUUGAGUGAGCACACAGACGUGGUAAAGUAAGGCAUUGAUGUAUACAUCAAACGCACAGCUGGUUUUCGCGGAAAUAAAGAUUAGUACUGGUGUAGCUAGCAAAAGGUGCUUCACAUAUUACCUGUAGGCUGGUAAAUUCUGGCACUCUCAGUCGCAUCCGUUUGCCAUUCAUUGACCGCACAAGCGGCAACUUUAUUUGGCAGGCCACUCUACUUUAUUUGAAUUGGGGUUAUGCAAGUGGACUUCCUCAAAGAUACUUUGACCUGUGACAUUGUUCGAAAGGUAUAGGUCAAAGUGUGCAUUGCUCGCACUUAGGGCAUGUUUGGACAUCAGUGUUUAGUUGCACUUGUUGGUCUUGCCCGAGACAAUGUUUUGAUUUGCCACUUUUUUGUGCUUUGUUAGCCUGUAGUAAAUGUGCUGAACUUGACUCGAAUGAGUGGUGUACAGGCUGAAACGUAUGUGAUAAUACUGUUGUAUGCAGCGUUACUCUUAAGGAAUUCACAUAUUUAUAUUCGUGUUUCAAUUUCAUUUGUCUCCUAAUGUUCCUGUAAUCUAGCCAAAGACACUAAAAUGUCUGAGGAGAAUAUUUGCGUUCAAAUUGCAAACGUUGCUGAGCAAUGAUCAUUGCUAGUAUCUAGCAGCAGCAGGAAAAAUUGUGAGCUUGAUCAACCACAUGAAUGUUAAUUUUUCGCAUUUAUUAAGAAAAAAUGCUGAAUAGUUCGUUGCCUGCAGGGAUGGGCUGUAGUUCAUGUAACGCAGCUUUCACAGUUCACGCAGUUCAAAGUGCACAGCUGUUGAGAAAAAUCUUGUCACUUCACUGCUUUUUGCUACUACUACUAUUUUUAAUACUGGAGACAAUUUUUUCUGAAGCCAAGGAAGAUUAGUUGUCAUAGAAAAGCUAUAUGUGAUGCACAUCUUUGAUAAAGAAGAAACUGUAGUAGCACUUAAACUGAAAAGAAAAGAAUGUGUCAGAUCCGGAUAUUUUGAGGUAACUUGUUUCUCUUUUUGUUUUUUCGUGCUAGCCUCUGCCUAUGUUUUUUCUUUGCACUGAGCUUUUGAAACACAAAAACUACACGUUUUUUGUUGUCAGCCAUUUAGUGCUGAAUGUUUUUUGCAAGGCAUGUACAUUUGACUUUGAAUGAACUAGCGAAUUGUGCCGGGGUAAAACAGUGUCGAUUUUACAAAAAUAUAUCUUUUGGAGUUUUUCUUCGUUUCUGAAUAAACUGUGGUCAGCACAGGAAA